AUGGAUAAGCCGGACUUGUACAACCUCGGGUGCACUCCCCUGACAGUGCUGGCCGCCAAACAGGUUGACGACCUGUGGCCGGUCCUCACGUGGCCGAGGCAGCCGCUGCCGGUGCUCGACAUUGGCUGCGGACCCGGUGACGUCACCAGAAAGGUUUUAGCCCCGCGGCUGCCACCGGGUACGAAGCUGGUGGCCGGUGACAUCAGCACAAAGAUGCUGGAGUUCUGCAGGCGGCACAACGCGCUGCCAGGCACCAUCACGUACGAGCAGCUGGACGUGGUUCAGCCCGACCUGGAGAACUCCGCAGUGUGGCAGUACGCGCCCUUCGGCAAGGUGUUCUGUUUGCUGCUGCUGCAUUGGGUGCCCGACAACAGGCGUGCUGUCCAGAACAUUCACAAGCUGUUGGUGUCUGGCGGAGAGGCUGUCUUCAGCAUAAUAGCUAACAUGACUCAUUACACAGUGCUUGAAGAAAUGGCGAAAGACUCGCGUUGGGCCCAGUACAUGCAGGACUCGGAGAAGUUCGUAUCUCCGUACCAGCACAGUGAGGACCCAGUGAGCGACUUCCGCCAGCUACUGCAGAGCGAGGGCUACCAGGUGCUGCACUGCGACGUGGCGCCGCAGGUGGUCUUCUUCCCGAGUGAGAUGCAGCGCAGAGGUGAGCAGCUCCUUUACCUCUAG